UAAAACAUAGAUGGCGCUGUAAAGGAUAAGUUUGUCAGUGGUUUCAGUCGUGGUUGUGAAAGACCAGCAAGGUCAUCGUAAGACUGACAAAUCACCCAUAAAUAAACGUGUAAGACCAACACAACACUGAUUAAUCAUGAAGAUCAAGUUAGAAACCUUGCUCCAAGAACUUGGCAGUCCUGGCAAGUACCAAAUCUGUAUAUUCCUGCUUCUAGCUUUAAACUACUUCCCUGUUGUCUUCAACCAUAUUGUCAUGGCUUUCAUUGGACGUCCACCUCAGUAUGAGUGUUAUAAUGCUAGCUAUGAGGAUCCUACAUAUAUGCUAAAUUUUUCGUCAACAACUGAUAAUAGUUUAUGGAAAAAGGAGAAAACUGAAUAUGGUAAAUGCAGUACCAAGUACUUUUUUAGUGAUAGCACCAACCAAAGUGAAAUAUUCAACUGUGAUUCUUCUCCUAAUGGAAAAUGGAAAUAUGUUGGCAAAGAAUCAUCUAUUGCAUCAGAGUGGGACCUUGUUUGUAGUAACGCCUACUUGUCACGGCUGGCAACAACAAUUUAUUUUAUUGGCGUGAUGGUUGGUGGGUUAAUCUUUGGUUACCUUGCCGACAAGUUUGGACGGAAGAAAAUUAUGCUGGUUACUCUGUUUACACCAGUCGCUAUUGGUGUGCUGACAGCUUUAGUCAAGUCCUACUAUUUGUUUGUUGGUCUGAGGUUCCUACAGGGAAUUUUUAUUCAGGGUCUACAAACCACGACAUAUGUAAUGGUGAUGGAGUUGUUCCUCCCCCAGUAUAGAGGGACUGCAGGAGCUGUGUUGGAAUGUUUCUGGGGUGUGACUGUCAUCAUGAUGGCGGGUAUAGCUUAUCUACUACAGGACUGGAGAAAUAUACAACUAGCAAUAUCUGUUCCUAGUGCCUUGGCGCUUACCUAUAUCUGGUUGGUACCAGAAACUUUGAGAUGGCUUAUGAUAAAAGAUAAGAUUGAUCAAGCUCAAAAAGUAGUAAAAAGAAUCACCAAGUUCAACAAUCUAUCCUUCCCUGCUAGAACAAUGGAUGAGCUCCAAAUCCAGAUCGAAGCUAAAGAUAAUCAACUGGGGCGACAGUACAUGUUUUAUGAUCUUCUGCGAACACCAAUUCUACGAAAACACAGCUUGAUUUUGUUUUAUUUAUGGUUUUCUGUGUGUGUUGGAUAUUAUGGGAUGACAUUUAAGAUAGCAGGUCUGGCAGGGAACCAUUAUUUAACCUUUUUCAUCAGUGGAUGUGUUGAUCUGGUAGCCUUCAUCAUGGUUAUUUACCUGAUCCAAAGAUUUGGAAGAAGAAUUCCUUUAUUGGUGUACUUUGUUAUUGGAUCUGUUUCGUGUAUAAUUGCUGGAUCCAUUCCUAUUGCACUAGCAGGAGCAUCAGGGACUGCCGAGAAAGUGUUUGCUAUCAUUGGGAAGUUUGGAAUGGCCGGUGUUUUCAGUAUCAUAUUUGUUUACAGUUCUGAGCUUUACCCAACAGUUAUCAGGAGCAUAGGAAUGGGAACAUGUGCUUUCUGGGCCAGAUUGGGCGGAGUUGUGGCCCCUCAGAUUCUUGUUUUGGGUGAUUUUACCCACAAAUCCGUUUCUGUGAUAAUGUUUGGAGUUAUUUCCCUUGUUGCCAGUCUACUAGUUCUAUUUUUGCCUGAAACUGCAAAAAGGAAGUUACCAGACACCAUUGAGGAUGCUGAAAGUAUUGACGCUUUCAUGGGAAGUAAUGGGUCAGAGGAGGAACCAGUUGAAUUGUAAAGAGAUUGAGAAGGCAGAUAUUUGAUCUAAGAAAAAAAUGUUGUAAUUAAACAAAUUUUAUUUUUGAGAACUUUGGAAUUAUAUUUGUAGCAUACAUUCUUUGGAAAUUUGAUAAAAUGGCUGUCAGCAGAUUGAAGAAUCUGCUAUUUUGUCACAAAGUGCUAAAGAUUUAUAGAAUUUAAAUUCCUUUGAUCAAAUCAGUUGGUUAUUAUGAAAUAGAUAUUUAGAAAUGAAAAUUUAAAUUUAUGACUUAUGUUCAAAGCUUGCUAGGCUGUAAAUUUUGUGCUUUUAAUUUUGCUGAAAUUGAUGUUUUGUAGUAGUGAAAAAUUCAAUAUUUAGAAAUUGAAAUCAGUGAUUAUCAUAAUUGUGAUAUAUUGAAGUUUAUGUAAAUAUUGUUACUUAGCUAUGUUUUUGUAAUUGUAGUUUGUGUUAAUGAUUAUAUAUAUAUUUUUUUAUUAUUACCUCAAAAAAUAUGAAUUCCAAGAAAUGAAUAAUAUGUUCUUUCAUAAUCCUUAGGACAUUUUUUUAACUCACAUAAUAAUAAUUUUCAAAACAAUAUGUAGACUCAUUUUGUUUUGGUUUGUUUUAAAUGGUAAACAUUCUUGGGUUAUUUAAAUUUCAUGAAAGUUCAGGAGGCACUCAAAUUGAUUGAUUUUCAGUGGUUGGAUUUUAAUUAGAAUUUUAUAUUAUGCGUUUUUUAUGGUAUAAAAAAAGUGCCUCCCAUGCCCCAUAUGGUUAAUUCCGGAACAGCCCUUAGACAUUGUUACUAAUUUGAUAGUUAUUCAUAUCAAUUAGAUUUGCUGGAGGGAUAGUAAACAUACAUCAAUCAGCAGGUUUUCAUUAAGUCAUUUUUUUCCUUUUAUAAGCUGACAAUGGGACGAAGUGAAAGAUUUCAUUGUUUUUUAUAUUUGAAAAAAAAAGAUGUAAAUGUAAAUUUUAUAUUUUUAUGACUUUUAAACAUCAUUUUUGUCGAGCCUUCAACUUUUGUCGAAAAAGCGAGACAUAGCUAUCCUACAUUCCGUCGUCGUCUGCGGCGUCCACAAAUAUUCACUCUGUGGUUAAAGUUUUUGAAAUUUUAAUAACUUUCUUAAACUAUCCUGGAUUUCUACCAAACUUGGACAGAAGCUUGUUUAGGAUCAUAAGAUAAUAUUCAAAAGUAAAUUUUGUAAAAAAAAAAAUCCAUUUUUCGGUAUUUUACUUAUAAAUGGACUUA